UUUUAUUUAAUGUGUUCAUAUAUUUUUAUGAAAUGUUCAUUUUAUUAGGUGUGGUCCAGCUAUUCUAUGAUUGUAUGAUAAAUGUUCAUUUUUAAUAUACUAAUGUUCAUAAUUAUUUUUGAAGUGUUCAUUUUUUAUUACUAAAUGUUUUGUUUUUUUUGUUUUUUUUUUAAGUGUUCAUAACUAUUUUUACUAAUUGUCCAUUUUAAAGGUCGUGGUCUAGCAAUUUAUGAUUAUCGUGUUCAUUUUUAACAUACUAAAUGAUCAUUUUUUAAAGAUGUUCACUUUUUAAGUACUAGAUGUUCAUUUUUUUUUAUGUGUUCAUUUUUUUAUUACUGAAUGCUCAUUUUUUUUUACGUGUUCAUAUUUUUUUUACUACAUGUUCAUUUUAUAAAAAGUGGUGCAGCUAGAAUAGUUGCACCAGUAUGCACCAAAGACUUAUUGGAUUUACAAAGCUUUGUUGAUCAGACUGAUCAACCGGGGCCGGCUCAUUGGAAAAAUAAGGAAAGUUCAGUGAUAACGUUGACAAUUUUACCAUCUAUUUUGAAAAUUAAGGUCCGUCUAGAAGUCAAGUGGUUAUUAGUCACUUGUAAGGCUUGGAAUUAGUCAGCUUUUACGAAGUUGAGUAUGAAAUAUUUUCCACAAAAUAAUAAAAACACAUCAAAUUUUCAACUAUUUUGGGCUGAUAACUCGACUUCCACAUCUAUUUAAGAGCUCAAUUAUAUUCUUACUAUUGUCCAUACUGAAUUAUCCAAGUCACGUAUUAUAGUGAGACAGUGAGAGUACGUAGUGUAAGAUCGAGUGAGAGAUCAUGAGUUCAAUUCCUACGUUAGCAUCCCUAGUCAAGGAUGGUAAAGUUCAAAAUGAUUUCAUCAUGUUCGAAGAUGAACGUCCUAAGGUUGCAUAUAACCAAUUUAGCAACGUAAUCCCGGUGAUCUCUCUCGAUGGAAUCGAGGAUGACACACCGGGAGGACAAAGGGAGGUUAUACGCAACCAAAUUGCUAAAGCUUGUGAGGAAUGGGGGUUGUUUCAAGUGGUGGAUCACGGUGUUGAUCCUAAACUUGUGCAUGAUAUGGCUACCUUGUCUAGGGAAUUUUUUGCUUUGCCUGAUGAAGAGAAACUAAGGUUUGAUAUGAGUGGAGGCAAGAAAGGUGGUUUCAUAGUAUCCAGUCAUAUACAGAAUGAAGUAGUAGCAAAUUGGCGGGAAUUGGUAACUUUCAUUCUAUACCCAAUAAAAGAGAGGGACUACUCGAGGUGGCCCGAUAAGCCCAAAGAAUGGCGGGCCGUAACUGAACUCUAUACUGAAAAUAUGAUGGGCCUAGGUACCCAACUUUUAGGGGUUUUGUCCGAGGCAAUGGGCCUUGAAAGGCAGGCCAUGACAAAGGCCUGUAAGGAGUUGACCCAAAGGAUGGUAGUGAAUUUCUAUCCAAAAUGCCCAGAGCCCAGUCUUGCAAUUGGGCUUAAAAGACAUACUGAUCCAGGUACAAUUACUUUGUUACUACAAGACCAGGUUGGUGGGCUACAAACUACUAAAGAUGGUGGAGAGAAUUGGAUCACAGUCCAGCCCAUUGAGGGUGCUUUUGUUGUCAACCUUGGUGACCAUGCAGAAUAUCUUAGCAACGGAAGAUUCAAGAAGGCAGAACAUCAAGCACUUGUGAAUUAUGACCAUAAUCGAUUGUCGAUUGCGACAUUCAUCAAUCCAGAUCAAGAAGCAAUUGUGUAUCCUUUGAAGAUCGAGGAGGGAGACGAGGCAAUUCUAGAAGAGCCCAUUGCAUUUGGUGAGAUGUACAAGAGACAUUUUGUAAAACACCUCGAGCGAGGCAAGGCCAAGAAAUUGGCUAAGGAGAAUAAACUUUCAAAAGAGGAAGUUGAGAAGAUGCUUCAAAAUCCAGUAAAAAAUGUCAAAUCCUUACAAGAGUUACUUGCAUAGUUGCAUGCAAGAGAAUGUCAUGAAAUAGGUGAUAUACGCAGUAGAAAUUAAUAAAUUAAGUUUUUUCAUGCAAUAAAGAUGAUGCAAUGUAUUGUACCUAUUUGUAACAUGGUAUAGUAAGAUGUUAUUUAUAAAAUAAGCUUGAUUUCAAAUUUAGAAUUUGUAAUAUCUCAAAUAGAAUAUAAUACUUUGUAUAAAUUAUUGAUCAAACUGCCAGUAAUAUAUAGUAAUAAAUAAAUAAAAAACAUUCCUUAUGUUUUCAAAUAAUUAACAUGCUCUUUUAAACACAUAUUUUAAAUGUCACUGAUCAUACUUCGUUCUUAAUCUUUGGAACGAAAUUUGCUAACUAUAAUAUGAGCUUUAAAGAAAUAAAACUUGCUCUCUUUGUACUCCAUACGUGCAUGGUAACGUUUUUCAAUUUGAGUGAAUGUAUGGUUGAUUAGGUAUUGGGUGCGCACUGCCUCACAUAAAUUUGCGUGCGACAGGCUUGGUUGAUAUAUUUUACUUGUUGGCUGAUAUGUUUCAUGUGUUGGCUGAUAUGUUUCAUUUGUUGCCUGAUAUGGUUUUUAUGUUGUCUAAUAUAUUCCUUUUGUUGGCUGAUAUGUUUUAUUUUAUUUUAUUUUCCCUUUUAUUGGUUGAUAUAAGACAUCAUUUGGCUUUUAUGUUUCUUUAGUUGGCUGUUAUAUUUAUUUUGUUGGCUGAUAUGUAUAUUUUAAUUGUUGGCUUAUAUGUUUCAUUUUGUUGGCUGAUAUGUUUAUUUUGUUAGCUCACCUGUUGGCUGAUUCCAUCGUUUUGUUGGCUGAUAUGCUUCAUUUGUUGGCUGAUAUGUUUCUUCUAUUGGCUGAUAAAUACCUUUUGUUGGCUGAUAUAUUCUCUUGUUGACUGAUAUGUAUCUUUUGUUGUCUGAUAUAUUCCUUUUAUUGGCUGAUACGUUAUUUUUAUUAAUGUUAACUAAUGACUGAUAUGUUACUUUUAUUGGCUGAUUUACAAAAUACAUACAAGUACAAACUAUGUUUUCCUUCUCUCUCCUCUUUCCCCCUCUUCCUCUUCCUCUCUUUCUUUCUCUCUCCUGUGAGCAGCUCCUCUUUCCUCCUCUUCGUCUCUUUCUUUCUAAAAUCAGCCACAAAUCCUCACGUGAACCCACCGCACCUACCAACCACCAACCACCGAACCCACUCGGCCACCACCACCUCUACCUUAAGCCGAGCCUAGCGUAAAUCACCAACCACCGAACCCACCAAAGAAGCCCCAGCCACUCUCACCCAGCCACCACCAGCUAAAACAACCAGCCUACUCCCCGAAAACAACCAUAGCUCCCACAGUCCGCAAUUGAGCCACCACCGAACUCGCAGUCCCAAUUUCAAUUCAAAGUGUCCACCAAUCAGUCACAACCAACGAAUUGCGGCCGCUUCUCCGGGGAUACAAUAGUCCCUGUUGAAGCAGAACGUUGAUGCUUUGAAAAUCAUUCAAUUAGGGUUGAUGAUUGAUUGAUUUUGUGGGUGUUAAUGAAAAUUAUGAAUGGAAAAAAAAAAUGAAAGGAGUACAGUAAAAAGGAGGAGAGCAGAGGAGAGAGAAUAAAAUAAUAAUAAUAAUUUACAUUAUGCAACUUUAAUAAGCGCAAAUGGCAAACGUCAAAGCGUUCUAAUUAUAAUGAUACCUUUUGUCCUUUUCCACCAUUUAAAAAUAGAAUGCCAUACUAUUAUUAUUAUUAUUAAUUAUUUUUAAAAAAAAAA